UGUUGGGUUCUGCGGAGACGCUCCUGCCUGGUUUUGAUUCUAUCUUCCGGGGAGAUGUUAGUAUGUGUGGAUGUCCUGUCCUUGAUAAAACAAAGCUCUGCUCUGAGGCAGUUAAAUAAAGACAAAUACAUCACCGUCAUCACCAAGAACAUCGUCACCUCCAGCCACACCAUCACCUCCAGCCACACCAUCACCUCCAGCCACACCAUCACCUCCAGCAUCACCAUCACCUCCAGCAUCACCAUCACCUCCAGCAUCCCCAUCACCUCCAGCCACACCAUCACCUCCAGCCACACCAUCACCUCCAGCAUCCCCAUUACCUCCAGCAUCACCAUCACCUCCAGCAACACCAUCCCCUCCAGCAACAUUACCUCCAGCAUCACCAUCACCUCCAGCAUCCCCAUCCCCUCCAGCAACAUUACCUCCAGCAUCACCAUCACCUCCAGCAUCACCAUCACCUCCAGCAACAACAUCACCUCUGACAUAUUCCACUCACCCUGUAUCUCAAUGUCCCUUAUGAAAAGUGCAGAUGUCUCUCUUUUCAACCUUUUUAACUUAUAACAACCCUGAUAACUUACCAACAUGAAACCCUAAUCAAGAAGAAACUAAGUUCUGUUGAAGAUCUGGUCUUGUUCAACAAGCAUUUUCACAGAGUUGAUCCUAUUCUAGCUUGGACAAGGCUUACUUACUCUGUGAAUCUCGAAACCAACCAGUCCAGUAUCCCUCAGAUCACAGAAUAUAUCAAAAAGGCGUUUCAGAAGCAGGGAUAUUUCAGUGAUUGGUUUUAAUCAUGGACUUAAUUAUGGUCUCAUUUCCCACACCAGCACAAUUAUAUUAUUAUUUAAAUAUAUAACAUGAUUACAUUAUUAUUGUUUGAUAUUAUUACAUGAGCCACUAUUUUCCAGCCUUUUCACAUCUUUGCUUCCUCAGAAGUCUGGGAGAGAAGAGAGGGAAGGAAAGAGAGGUAGAGGAAGAGAGGAAUUAGGGAGAAGUAGAGAGAGAAAAGACAACAGAGAGGAAAAAGGGAGAAAGACGAGAGAGAGAGAGAGAGAGAAGCAGAGAAAUUAAUUAUAUUCUUCUUUGGUGUGGAAGUUUUCUAUUAUCUCAACAAC